CUGGCGCUGGGCUGUAGGUACUAUACUGUACGUUGGGCUGGGCACGAAGCCUGAAAGGAAGGUUUCUUACCCCCUCGCGCACUGGCAGGGCAGGGCAGGGCAGGGACGGGAGCUUGCGUAAAUACAGAGGCGCUGUAGAAUACGUUACAUUAAUCAUUGUCUGCCAGGAAUUUUCCGCCAAGGUAAUCUAGCCAAGCUUGGGGUGGGCUGGCAGGCACCUUAGUUCAUUUAGGCAAUCCGACGCCAUCAUCAACAUUUCCAAUUUCUUGCUUGCAACCAUUUUUUUCUCCUCCCAUACUCUCUCUUAGUAGUCGAUAUCUACUAUCCUACCUUAACGUCAACCAUUCAUAUUCUCUACCUGUCACCUGUACCCUAGAUCGUGUACCUGGAACCUGGAAACACCAAUCAUAAAGUACCCAUAACCAUCUUCCAUCAUGGUCGUCGAUACCGCCUAUUACGACACUCUGGGUGUCCAGCCCACGGCUACCGAGCUGGAGAUCAAGAAGGCUUAUCGCAAGAUGGCUAUUGUCCACCACCCAGGUUCGCUCUUGUGCCUCACUUCUACCGCUUCGUAGCAUAUCGGAGAACUAAACAUCUGUCACAUCGCAGAUAAGAAUCCUAAUGACCCUACCGCCCACGAAAAGUUCCAGGCCAUCGGUGAGGCCUAUCAAGUUCUAUCCGAUUCCGAUCUACGCGCAGCCUACGAUAAGUUUGGAAAGGACUCUGCGAGACCGCAGGAGGGUUUCGCAGAUCCAGCUGAAUUCUUCAGCUCCAUCUUUGGAGGCGAAGCCUUCGUGGACUGGAUCGGUGAGAUUAGCCUUAUGAAGGACCUCACGGCAACCAUGGACAUCACGAUGCAGGAGGAGGAAGAAGCUGCCGCUGCCGAAGCCGCUGCCGCCGCGCAAGCCGAGGAGGAUUUCCCUGGAACUGAAGAUGCUAAGAAGGAGAGCCUCAAGGAGCAAGAGCAGAAGGCAGAGGAGAAGGCCGCUGCCGCUGCAGAGCACCAAGCAGGCCCCCCACCGCCGACUUAUGCUGCCGCUUCUGUCAACGACGACAAGGAGACCAAGCCCGCUUCACCUGCCGCGCCCGCCGCUGGCCUCUCCGCCGAUACCCCUCAGCGAACCGAUGCCACAUCACCUGCUCCCUCGUCGAGCUCACGUAGCCGAACCCAGAUCCCUCUUCGACCCGCACUGAUGGACAAGUCUCACGAGGACCUUCUUGAUGCAGAGGCGAACAAGGGUGAAUUAACAGAGGAGGAGCUCAAGCAUAAGGAGAAGAAGAAGGGUGGCCUGACCAAGGAGCAGCGAGAGCAGCUGGCAGCAUACGAGAAGGAGCGCGCCAAGAUUCGCCAGGAGCGUGUCGACACCCUCGCACGGAAGCUCCUCGACAGACUUAGCGUGUGGACAGAGACAGACAAGGGUCCUGACGUGACCAAGGCAUUCCAGGAGAAGAUGCGUCUCGAGGUUGAGAACCUGAAGAUGGAGUCUUUUGGAAUUGAUAUCCUGCACGCUAUCGGUCAAACCUAUGUCUCCAAGGCCUCGAGCUUACUCCGCAGCCAGAAGUUCUUUGGUAUUGGCGGUUUCUUCAGCAGACUUCGUGACAAGGGCACACUCGUCAAGGAGACAUGGAACACUAUCAGCAGCGCUAUUGAUGCUCAACAGACCAUGGAGGAUAUGGCUAAGAUGGAGGAGAAAGGUGGUGAGGACUGGACUGACGAGAAGCGUGCUGAAUACGAGAGACGUGUGACUGGCAAGAUUCUCACCGCUGCAUGGAGGGGCAGCAAGUUUGAGAUCCAGAGCGUUCUGCGCGAGGUCUGCGACAGCAUUCUGAAUGACAAGAAGGUCCACCUCAACAAGCGACUUGAGCGCGCACAGGCUCUGGUUCUGAUUGGUGAUGUCUUUAUCCGGGCUGAGCGAUCUCCUGAAGAGGAGGGCGACUAUCUCGUUUUCGAGCAGCUUGUCGCUGAGGCCGCCAUGAAGAAGGACAAGGAGGAAGACCACAAGAAGAAGAAGGACCGCAAGUCCUUCCACAGCAAGGACAAGGAACCCAAAGACAAGGAGCACGCUACGACACCCUGAGCAGGAACGAAAUUUCCUGGGGAGUUGGCAGAUGGUAGAGAAAAGACCACACAGCGAGGUUGAAGAAGACCUGCUUGUUUGAGGUCCCUGAAAAUGAUGGCGGAUAUCAACUUGAUGGACUUGGUUUGGUGGUUUGCAUGAUGAACUGGUGAAUGUUAUAGAUCGAGGAUGACUGGCAUUGAUUUAGAUAUAAUUUUCAUGACACUAUUCCCCCCUUAUGAAAUUUGACGGCCGUUUGUCUGGUAUCUCCAAAUAUGUUGCUUAUCCGAGUGUGUAUGCACAUAGAUCAAAGAACAGAGGCGAGAUGAUCAAGAUUGGAGUUUCAUCUCCUGAUAUCCUAUAUCCAUUUCCUAUUUCUGGCAACUAUCUGAUUUUCCCUAUCGCAUCCGAUCUUGGAACUUGAGGUAACCGUAUUGCGGGAAGCUUGAGAAGCAAUUCCCGGGUUAGGUUCUCUUUUCUGCAAUUUCCUCCAAUGAUUCCAUCUUAUUGACUCGCCAGGUUGGCGUGGAAACUUCCUCCGGGGUAUCUGUUAUACAUAGUAUGUAUCCAAAAGCAAACGAAAAAAAAAAAAGCACAAAUCUUGGCGACAAAUGAAAACCAAAAAGGCCCAAAUCUCCGAAGGGCGUAUGUAUAUGUAACGAUUGUCCAGGAUGAAUAUUUGUGGUGGUGCUCCUUUUGGGAGAGAGAAGAUCGUUUGAGAGGUGGAAUCGAUGGUGCAUCGUAGCCGCUGGGAAGCAAAACGCUGUUAAAAGAAACAAAAGGGACAUGAAGAUGAUCGCUUGCUUGCCCAACGCCUUGUAUGCAUGCAUGUUAUUUCCAUUGACUUCGUAGAUCUGAUGAUGAUAUUUUGUUGUGAUGCCCUGAGGCUUGCCUGGUGUGUAGAGACGAAAAGAAGGAGAACAAAAUUUGGUAUGGUGAGUUGUAUGUGGUACGACGUCCUGGUCGCCUUUGAGAUGUGUCGAGUAUUGAGAAAAUGCGUCAUUUUGCGAUGAGCGAGACUAGUUGCUGUCUGGUUGCAAUUCGAUGCCACUAUCACGAUCCUGAGAGCCCUUCUCCCAAGGCAGGGGAGCCUCAAGUGCUGCACUUCCAGGAUCAGUUUCGAGAUCGUCAACGCUAGUCAACGCAUCAUCUUCGUCUUCGUCUUCGUCCCCGAUCGCAGGAGCAAGUAUAUGGCCGCCAAAUUCAACGUCGGUGACACGGACCUUGUACUCCAGUGCCUUUUGGCCCUCCUUGAUAAGAACCUCUGUCCAGUUCAGGCAUCGUUUGAUACUUUGGUUAAUCUUCUGACUAUCGACCAGCAACUCCCGGUGCUUGGUCAAAUCGAGCUGCAGACGAUCUUCAUCUCGCUUCCGUCGGGACAUGGCCUUUUCGAUCGCUUUCUCGUCAGUAGGAUCAAGAGGGUCGGAAGCCGAGACUGAGUCAGUCAUUGACAAAUCUGAUUCGUCAAGUGAGUCGUGUUCCUCGUCUGAGGAAGCUGCCGAGUUGUCCUCUUCGCUCAGAUCUGAAAGACUAAUUGGUGCAUCUGUGAGUGCUGCAGAGGUCACUCGGCUAGAAGCUGCUGAAGCAACAGCAGAGAGACGGCCUGAUCUUGAAAGUCGUCGAUACCUGCGUAUCUCAGCCUGCUGUUUCCGUAGUUGCCUUUCCAGUGUCCGAUUAAUAGCUUCAAGGGAGGCGUUGGUGAUUUCCAGAUCCUGCACCUUUCGUUCUCUUCGGGCAUUGGCGACUAGUUCGUUCACAGGCUCAUGGCUGGACUUGGUAGGACUCUGCAAGUCGGGCUGAGAUCCGUCUUCUUUCUUCGCUUCUCUUUCUUCCUCUUCCUCCUCAUCGUCGAGAUCUUCGGCAACUUGAAGAAUCGAAGCCAUUGUCAAAGCUGGCUGAGCUGAGCCAGGGCUUGCAGGGGGUGAGCCAUAUUCAAAAGGUCGUCGAGCCGGUGACAUGGGCAACCUAGGUGAGUGAGAGUGAUCAAAAUUGGGAACACUACCAGCUCUUGCAUGGCCUCUCUGCUUUUUCGGCGCUGCAUCGAUGCUAACUCGUCUCUUGGAAGAGGUGAUAGACGCUGGGGGGGCUAGUGGAGGUGGAGAAGCUAUCUGAGGCGGUGACGCUAUUUGGGGUCUGUUCCCAAGACCAGGCGCGCCAGUAUUUUUAAGUAUAGAAGGUGUAGGUUGAGCAAUCUUGAUAGGAGAAUGUGGCCUUGGCGGUAGUGCGUGAUUUGAUUGUUCGUUUGUUGAACUGCUGGUGCUUGGACGUUUAGACUGGAGCCUUGUUGUGGAUGAAUUCGCUGAAGAGGGCUUAAGCUCGAGAUCCGCGCCAUUGGCAUAAAAGAACUUUGAGGAUGAAGGCUCGGGUGCGGUGCUGAGUGUCGGUGUAAAUGGUGCAGAAACGGGAGGGCUGGUUGGCUUUUUAUAUUCAGCAUUGGCUUUACUGGCAUGGAAGUAGGAUGCAGGCUUUUGUGAGCCUAGCGAGGGACGACUGGUUGCUUGUGUUGAAGUCGGAGCGUCGCUGGCACGAAAGAAUUUGGCGUCCGGGUCUGCUGGAGACUCAGCUCGUGACAGUGAUUGCCUUCCUGAGGAGCCUAAAGAGGCCCGAGGAUCCCAUCCAUCUCGCUCUAAAUUUGGUGUCCCAUUGGGCGUCGAACUAUUGCUAUUGUUGCGGCCUUGUCGACUGCCAGAACGGGGAGUCACAGCAUCGUCGCGGCCAGACGUGCCUGAGCUCAAUCCUUGAGUUGAUCGUCGAACUAAAGGAGGUGCGCCUAAUAAAGGGCCUUUUGCUGUCGAGGCAAUCUUGGGCGUCAGGGGCGUUCGUCCGACUGUUUUUGCUGCUGCAGCACUGAGCUGCGGGGGCCUGUGUCUUGUGUCGCUUGGGGCCAUUUUUAAGGUAGGAGGAGCGGAACUCGACGAGGUAGAACGGGUCGAGGGAAUUGUAGCGGUUACUGAAAGAACAUGUUGUUGAUUUGUGUUGUGGAAGCCAAGGGAUGGCGUCGUGCGAGCGCUGGAGGAUAUAGUGGUGCCAGCGGAGGAGAAUCGGGGACGAGCCUGAGCCUUAGUCUGGACUUGUGCCUGACCUGGAGUAGGGGUCUUGGAUCGAGUCUUUGGGAGAGGUUUAGAAGAGGUAACUAAUUUAUUGUUUCCGGCGGAGGAAGCGGAGCGGCGAAUAUGAGGCUGAGAGACUGAAAGGCUUGGAGAUGUAGGACGAGAAGAUGACGAGUUGAUGGUGUUUAGAGUGCGCAUUCUGUCCACGAGUUGGGUUGUCGGAAGUGCCUCUACUUGCUGGCUCAGGCUGAGAUGAGUGGUAACGGGACGGAGCGGUGAGCUCUCAUUGGCUGUGUGUAGAAGCGGUAACGGGAAAGGUUAAAGGGACUUCAGUGGGCAACGCCCUGUAAUGCCAAUGUUACAGCGCGGUGAUCACUAAAACGCUAGUGGUUUCUGGCUAAUUUGGGGUCCAAUAUCAAUGUCGAGGUGACCACAUCCAAAAGUAAACAAACAGUUUCGAUGAUGAGAGACAAGAGGCGGUGGGGUCGAGUGUUGGAUAGAUGAAGUGGCUUGACGAUUCGAAGCGGGGGAUGUCUUUCUUUUCUGCUUGGUAGCUGCAGGUGACAAGGAGUAUCCAAUUGAGUUGUUCACGGCGGGUAUAGACGAGAUAACAAUCACCGUCUGUUGGGUCACGACAUAAGGUAGGGAGCAAAAAAAAGACAAGGUCGUCACGGAUUCACGGAUGAUAUCAGGAGUAAUGAGUUAAGGAGAAAAGAGAGGCGAAAGGGAGAGCCGAGAAAAGAGAAGCACAAACACGAAAAUAGACGAGAAAUGCUAGGGAUAAUACAAUACCUACCAGAAACUAGCGGGAUGAACGGAUCGUGGUAAUUCAUUCAAGGCAAGGCGAAGGACAUGGCCAGGAUGGGACCAUCCCUGCUCCAGUGAGUGUCUU